GCUUCAGUCACUGAGUGUAAGUGAAGCACGCUUGGUGUCAAGUUCACUUGCCUGUUGCAUGCCAUGACGCCGUUUUACCGGAUACUUCUGCUGUUAUCUGUGGCUGCGGCCUCUGUGGCAACACACAGGUCCCAGCGGGCAAAACGAGGGUUACUGGAGUUGGCUGGAACUAUCAAAUGCAGCACCGGGAGAUCUGCCUUAUCUUACAUAGGGUAUGGAUGCUACUGUGGACUGGGUGGUCAAGGCUGGCCCAGAGACAAGGCAGACUGGUGUUGCCACAGACAUGAUUGCUGUUAUGGAGAUGCAGAACAACUCGGCUGCUAUACCAAGACAGCCAAGUAUCGCUGGAAGUGUGAGGACAGGAAAGCUGAAUGUGAUGAUUUGGACGACAAAUGUGAAAAGCUGCUGUGCAAGUGUGACAGAAACGCUGCUAAAUGCUUGAGUAAAGCACCUUACAACCAAAAAUAUGCCUUUUGGCCAGAUGUCGCCUGUGGUGAUGUACAUCCGAUGUGUACCAUUUACUGA